UUUCUAGGUUAGAUUCGGGAAAACGUAGUGCGAGAGUACGAAGUCCACACAUCGUACAGUUCUCCAAACAUGAAUGAACAGUCGCAACUGCGCAUAUGAUGAGAAGGAAGAAGCACCAUCUCUUCCGAAAGUGUCAAUACAAGCGGCGACAUUUAUAUUCGGUCGCCUCCGAACGAAAAUCAUCAUUUGACAAUUAAUUACUCGACAAAUUCUACGGUAAGAUGAAACGUCAAAUUUGACAGCUGUCAGAUUCGAUAAUCCUCGCUAAGGUCAAAUCAACAGGAAAUAUUCCAAAGCUUUUCCGAGGAAGAAAGAGAGGGAGAGAGAGAAAGAGAGAGAGAGAGAGGAGUCUUCCUUCUCCCGCAGCGCGCCGCGCCGCCAGUGACAGGUGUCAGCUGACAGUAGUGACGUAACUGCGCCUGAGCGAGGCGGGCGGAGCGCGCAUGCGUGUACGACGGGUCUCGGUGCGGCAGGCGCACGUCGUCGCGUCGGUCCGAGCAACAGAGUGCUGUGUGUACACCCCCGCCCACGUAUUAUUGUGCGGCUAGCUGACGAAGCCAGCCAGCCACGCUUCUGUCACGGGAGGACGCCCGGCGACAGCCGAGGCGAAUGAUGCGUCUCGUUAUUCCGGUGCGAGAGGCAACCCCGGCCGCGCCGCCGAGAGCCGAACGUUAAGGAAGGAUCUUAACGCGACACCGCGGUCGAGCAUGAUUCUGGCUGGAUCAGACCACUUCUUGGCGGUACCUGUGGAAGCGACUGCAGUUCUGGGUGCCGUUGCCGGUUUCGUAGUACUACUGCUGGCCCUUUUCCUCUACUUAUCCCGGAAGUGGUGCUUCACGCCGCCAUCCUCCACGGCGCUCUUCGGCGGAGUCUGUGUACCCCUCUGUGAGUCCACCAACAGCUCCACAUCUCAAAUCUCGAAAAACAUAGGGAAGACAUUCUCCUAUACAGAUCCGGAAACCAGUUCCGAUUCGGAGGAAGACGCUCUCCGACGAUUAAAUUUGCGUUCACAUCCUCCACCGGACACGUUAACUAUUCAAGCAGAAGAUGGACCAACAACUAUCGUAGAUGCUGGGACCACUUCCAGUAGCUGCACCGAGGAACACUCUCCAACGGAUCAGCAGCAGUGCGUAGUAGAAGUUGGGGCGUCUAACAUUAUACUCGACAAUAGAGAGCAGGAGAUAGAAGUCGAGCAAAAUGAAUCGACGACCAACGAUGCCAUCACAACAAUGGGGACGAUGGCUGCCGAGGAAGUUGGUAGUCUGGAAGUCGCUUUCAUGUACGAUGCCCCAAUGCGCGAGAUGACAGUUCACGUGUUACAAGGACGAAAUUAUCCCCCCGGCAUCGGCGGCAGCCAGGUACGAUUAGUCUUGCUGCCAUCAAAGAAGCAAAGACGCAAGACUCGAGUUCGGCAAGGGACAUCGCCGCAAUACAUGGAGAGCUUUUUACUUCCUCGCGUAAAUCCAGAAGACGUGAACGCAAUGGGAGUGCGGCUAAGGGUAUACCUUUGGGGUGGUAGAAUGAUGCGUCGGGAGAGAUUGUUGGGCGAGGCCAGGGUAUCCUUUGAUCAGAUUAAUCUUCAGCUGGAAACUACUCUUUGGUUGACUCUUCAACCGCCGCUUUCUUCUUCGGCGCAGGAUUGGGGAACCACCAGCAGUCUAACUCGUAGCGAUUCCACGGGAUCCCAGCAGUCUGUUCAGUCCUAUGCCUCCACAGCUAUACCGCCUUAUGGCAGCAGUAUGAAAGGUGGCAGCGUCGCCGAAAUUUUAAUCGGUCUGGCGUAUAAUGGCACGACCGGCCGCUUAUCGGUGGAGAUAAUCAAAGGCUCCCAUUUCCGCGGCGGAGGCGGAAACGACACGAAACCACCCGACACCUACGUGAAAUUGGCUCUUGUCGACAGCAACAACCACGAGAUGGGCCGGUCGAAAACUGGUCUAAAGCGCGCCCAGCCGAAUCCCCUCUACAAGGAAACUUUUAUAUUUCAGGUCGCGUUGUUCCAAUUGGGAGACGUGACGCUCUUCCUAUCCAUUUACAAUCGUCGGCGGAGCGGAAUGGGUAGAAAGGGACGAGAGAUGAUCGGCUGGCUUUCGAUGGGUCUGAACAGCUCCGGAUCCGAGGAGCUGCAGCACUGGAACGACAUGCGGACGGCUAGGCAACCGACGCAAGUACAACGCUGGCACUCGCUGUUGCGUCCUUGAGGCAUUCUCGAGUGAGUGCCUCCUUUUGGAUUCAUUCUCGACGCAGCCAUUCGAGCGCGAAAUCGAUUUCACCGAUACUUGCCGCGACAAGUAUGGGAAACGGAGAUGCGCAUUUCUGAGAAAGAAUAACUGCUCGUGGCUUUAUCUCGAAGGAGAUUUCUCUUUCCUCUUAUCUCGCGCGGAGACACACAUGUUGUGUACUGCCUGGUUGAAAUAACGGAAGUCAAUAUUCCAGUCGGUCUGUCAAUCAUAAGUCAGAGCCCAAACAACGCAACUGUCCAAAUGACAUCGCGUAAAGAUGCUCCAGUGUUGUAUGUCUAUUAAAUAAAAAUCACAAAUGGCGACAAAGACCAAAGGAUGUCUGAAUAGAUGUUCUUUAGACAUCUGUUAGAGACAAGUUACACAAAUAUCUAUAAAUGGCAUCUUAAGUAACACGUAUUAAAAAGAAAGAGAUGCUUUAAUUGUCACUUAAAUUUUAGACAUCUUUUCAAAGUUGUUUGGGCUUUUGUUUUGUUCGGGAUGCUGUUUGGAAUGCUGUAAACUCUGAGUUACAAACUCUUUGUCUAAAUGUACCAAGUACAUUUCCUUUUUGAUACGCUGAUGGGAGCGGUGCGAUUUAUUAAUCUUCGAUGUCGAGGAUCCCGGAUGAUCACGUGACGAUAUCGACACCUCCGGGCCUCAUCGUGCCUGUCCUGUCACGUGCUACGACGCUCUCCGACUCGACAUGUGCCUGAGCCAAUCUGGAUCGUCUUUAUUUUUUACUUUGUGCCUUUCACCCUCUUUAGGCCGCGUGCCACGCUAAAUGGAGAAUUGUCGUAAAGUGUAAGCGAAAUUUGAGCGGCCGAGCGGAAUGAGAUGUAACUAUUUGUGUAUUUUCAUUUCGAAAAUACACAAAUAGUUAUAUCUUUUGACUUCAUAGUAUUGUAAGACAUAGGGUGGUCAUGCAACACAGAAAGAAAGAACUUUCCAAUAAGUUUGGAAAUAUUUCAAGAGCGAGAAAAACUCUCGUGGAAAUAUUUUGGAGAGACUCGAAGUUUCAGGAGAAGCAAAAAGUUCCCUUGUAAUUUUAUAAAAUAUUCCUAAAAACUCGCAUUAAAGAGAGAGCCUAACAAAAGUUACAUAAAUCUUUAGAGAUUCGAUAGAAAAGUAAUAUUUCAUUCCUAAAAAUUUCUGAUUUGAUGAAUUUGAGAAUUUAGAGAUUUGAUGAAUUUAUAUAGAAACGAAUGAUUUGUGUGUCCACCCUGAAAUUGGAUAACAUCGACACAGUGAAUUUAUUAUUAUAUUAUGCUUAUUGUUUUUAUAGAGUAACGAAAUUGUUGAGACACAUCUUCCUUGUUUUUUUUCCAAGCAAUUUAGUUUCUUUAGCAAAUACUAGUAAAUUAAUAUCGAUAAUAAGCACUUUUAAUGAAUUUGAGAAUAUCACUUUUUUUCUUAGAACUUGUUUAUGCUAUUUUAAUUUUUUACAUUAAAAAAUAUCAAGUUUCGCUCUCUUUAUUUCUCUGCUGCAAGUUUAAAUGUUUCUCAAAAUAAACUACAAUUAUUAAUAUUAUAGAAUGUAAACUUCUAAAAAUUAUUAAUUAUUAUUAUUCUAUAAGUUCGCACAAUCAAGUUUUCAAAAGUAGUUCUUGCUUGUCAAAAAUACAUUUUCUCUCUUCUGAUUUAUAUUUUUUGUGAUUCUCAAUGAAUACGUUGCUCAUUAUAGCUGUACAUACAUAUAUUUCAGUAAUACUUGUUGUUUAUCAAAUCAUAAAUCACCGCUGUAUUACUGUAUCAGUGUGUCGAUAUUACCCGUCUUACGGUAUAUAAUUGUAUGUAUUGUACAUACAUUCGACGGAUAUUCGAUUUGCUUGUGUUUGCUCAUAUGAAUCGAUAUGACAAAUACUGAGCCCGUGUUCUCCCCGUGCAUUUAACAUUGAGAGAUUAUUAGCUAUUAGAUUUCUACCUAGUAUCGAUAAUAUGAUACUCAGUCUUACUAUCACAACUUAAACAUACCUGAAUGAAACGUACACGCUUAGUAAUAUAUAUAUAUAUAUAUAUAUAUAUAUAUAUAUAUAUAUAUAUAUAUAUGUAACUGUAAAGGGAAUGACAAGAGAGAGAUCAGUCUAGUCUAGUGCCAAGAUUUGUCACAAAAAUAGGAAGCUAGUACGUGGAAAGGACGUUGUUACUAAGAGAGAACUAACGAUUUAUUGCUGUGUAAUAAAUUAAUAAUUAAUAUAUCUAACAAUAAUGUUAAGCUAAACCAUCUCGAGAUCAUUGAGAUGCUCAAUAUUAUAAUCAACAUUGUCUUGCAAAAUUUAAAUGGCAACCGCAUUUUUCAUCUGUCAAAACCGCUUAUAAACCGCUGUACUUAUAUGCAGUUACAUUUAUUUGUGCGCAAUUUUUAUUAAUCUCCAAUUAAUUUAUAAUUAAUCACCAAUCUUCUAACUUUAAAAGAUCUUUCAAACGCUAUUUUACGUUUCGUUCAGGUAUGCCUGGAAAAAAAAGGGGAAAAAGAUUAGACUUAGCGGACGAAUUUUAGAGCGGCAGAGAUUAUGGCGGUAAGAUGAAAUGAAGAACACGGGCAUCUCUCGAGAUGGUUCGAGAAUGGAUUGAUGAUUUUAGGGAGACUUCGAAUCGAAGUGGAAUAAAAUCGCGGGACGAGCAAAUCCACAAUUCAACGACGCACAAUGACUCGCAAAACGCACUCCGUGAACGCAGAUGUGUUUGGAGAGUCGAUAUAAUAAUUAAUAUAAAUGAAAUAGAAACAUAAACACGAGAUCAUGCAUACACGUUAGAUCAUGUAGUCACGUGGUAUAUAAAAUAUGCAUUAUUAUUAGAAUUUUUGAGCAAGGGGGUUUUCUCACCAUACUAAAGUUAUAUUAGAGAACACGCAGAAGUAGAGAUGAUACGACUUAAAAAUGGAUUUAAUGUCCACGUUAGAUAUCAUAAAAUUCAUUUGAUAUAAAGAGAGAUAUAUGAUACAGAAACAAUUAUCAAUAUUGAAUAUUUUAAUAAUUAAGUAUUAUAUAUUAGUCUUUUUUUAAGUAAAAUUUACUGUUAAAAUUAAAGAGCAAAGAUUUAUCUAUUCGCGUUUGAAAAGUUUAAUUUAUGAAAGAGUUAUUUCUGUAAUAUAAUAAUUAACGAUACGUUAUAUCAAAUUAGUUUAUUUCCAUUGAUAUAUAUUAUUAACUUUAUAAAAAUUAUUUAUUUGUUCUCUAUAGAAAAUCACAUUUCCUUUAUUACCUGAGCACGAUUUUUAGAUCAUUUAAAUUUAAUAUUAGUAAUAAAAAUGCGUACACACAAACAUAUACAUAUAUACACGUACAUUGAUAGUGUGGAAGGUGGGUUUAGACCAAACAAUCGUUAGGGGACCCCCCAGAUCAGCGGAUAAAACCAGCCACUGAUUAUAACGGACAAACAGAUGCUGUGAAUUAUUUAACGCUUGACUUUUUCAAGCCUUUAGUGGUAAAUUUUCAUCAUGGUUAUUAAUCCAUGCUCGAACUAUUUUGUCUCAUUUACGUUUUAGAAAUAAAAAAUGAUUGCCGGGACUCAGAAAUCUCCUUUAAGACACGAAGAGAAUUUCCUUAUGCGCGCAGUACGAAUUCCUUUUGUGUAUACGCAUUUAUAUGUAUUGCAAAUAAGAGUUUAGAAUAUUCUAAGCAUACAAAGUCCUAGAUGCAGUGAAAAUCAUCUCAUUUAUAAACUCUUUUCGCAGCUUAAACUGGAUUUUUUUCUUCUAAGAGGAUAUAUAUACGCGUUAUUAUUCACAUUUUCGAUUUUAAUCGCCACUGGAUAUGUUAUAAUGAGAGAAAAUUAUAAGGGAUUUUUAUACUCUUAUAAUUAUUCCAAUUGUACUUAUACGAGGUGUAAAAAAACUAUAUCUGUGAGCUAAUAGAAUCGAUUAAAACGGAUUCUAAAACACAUUUAGGAUAUAAGUGUGAUAAGUUUUUUUAGCUGCAUUAUGUGUUAAUUGAUAUUGUUAUAGUACUUCUGAGUCCUAGCGAUAUUAUUGUAUAUCUUAAUGCACAGUCUGUUUAUAAACAGCACGAUGCUGAAGAGAGGAGAGAAACGUUUAAAUAUGUAAAUUAAUCAAUGCGAUGUAGUAUUAAUAUCUCUCGAUUGUAAGAUUAUUACUGAACAACAUUUGUUUUACACAAGAUACAAACUGGAUUUGAGAAAGUUUCAAGAUUUCUAAUCAUAUUAUGUGAAUAAUAUAUAUGUUGAAUUUUAGCGGGUAGUUUUUCAGGAUAACUUUUAGGCCUUUUAACUCUUUGAAUCUGAUGUAAUGUAAUUGUGAUAACGUUAAUCUUACAACAGCGUUUUCUAGUGUUUUGCGUGAUAAGUCGAUAAUAUUGGAUUUAUGUAGGGAGUGAUCGGACCACCAUUAUACAUUUUUAAUUUUAGAACACCGCAUUAUGGGAUUAUACGAUCCCUAGCUGAAGAGAAUGCGGUGAAAUCACGAAUUUUUCUUUUUAGAAAAAAGUGAUGUUACGUGCAUUUAACAUUCCUAUUAAUUGAUAGACGCUUGUAGUAUCGAGACGAUAAGAAAGCUGAGAGAUCUCAAGCUUCAACAUAUGGAUUUGUUACAUUCCAGAGACACCUUUGUGAGAAUAAGAGAGUGCGACAAUUUUUAGAUUAGAAAAUGAUUACUUGUUAAAUCGUUAUGUCAUUUGAAUCAUUGUAUUUUUGUCAAUUUGCCCAAAAAAAUCGCGAAAUACGAGAUCGAAUGAUGAAAAAGAUACCAGAUCGCGAAGAUUAUAAACAGACUAUAAUAUUGGAUUUUGAUCUAUAUUUUAUCUACAGCACCCGUUUCUCGAUAAACAUUAAUUCAAGUUUGAAUGUCUACUGCACAAACUAAUUAUCUUAAUCAAUGUUAUUACGCGUACUUAUAAAUUAACAAUAAUUAUUACAUCUCCAUCGCGUUUUAUAAAAAUGUAUUCUAAUAUAUAAUUAAAUCAAUAAACUUACGAAUAGUUAUUAUCGCAAUCGGAA